AUGAACCAGCUAACCAGUGAAUCAACCAAGCUAAGAGUGGCUCUGACCACAAGGAUCAAGGCAAUCAUGAAGGAUUCAGCAGCAACAAGUGUCAUCAAAGGGAAGAUAGUACAAAGUCACCUUCUGAACAAAGCAAGGCAGCGGAUUGGAUUGGAGCUAAAUCAUUGCUUGGCAACAGCUGAUGUCUGCUCAGACAAGAAUUCUUCAAUCUCUGAUUAUGAGAUCAAUCAGGCUGCACUCACAAUUGUGCAUGCAGUAGUAAAUCCUUAUUAUGUAGACUGGGACACCUCAAGAUUUGCUGACAUGGUCAAGGCAUCCCCACCUAGUGCUGGUGGUUCACUCUCUGAAACUGAACGGCUACAAAAGUACUUUGCAGCAGCUAAGAUUGGCAAAAUUUCAGCCCCAGCUACCAUUGUGGACAGGGAGGAUGAAUCGUCUUGGAGAUCUCAAGGUUUUGUUAUGCCAGAGGAAGGUGGAGAAUUUGGGGCAGGCCAAAUUACAGUAUCACCAGCAUAUUUUAUGCAAAGGCAUGAGGUAUUGGUCAAAUCAACUUAUUUAGCUGCUUUUGACACAUUCUGGCAACAGAGACUUCAAGACCCAAUGGUGACCUCAGCUUCUUACAAGUCUGUUGAAGUCCAAGAGUGGCUAGCUGCCUUGUCAACCAUGGAAUUCUUCUGGAAUGCCAUUACUGCUGCCUUGGCUCCAGAUCUAUUUGAAGCAGGUGCCACUGUGAUCAGCUGA